AUGACGAUGGUGUCGAAGGCUGCGGGCCCUGCCCCGUCGCAGCAAGACGUCUCUGCCUUCAUCACUACCAUCUUUACCGCCCAGACCUCCAACCAGUCCAUCGAGGCCUCCUACGGCCUGUGCGAACUCCUCCUCAACUCGGUCGGCUCCCAGGGCCUCGAGUCUUACGGCGUCCUCGCUGAGAUUAAGAAGGCCGCUGCCGACAAGAAGAGCGGCCUUCGUCGCGAGAGCGCUCAGAACCUUCUGGGUGCACUCUUUGAGCGCUUCCCGGCCAAGCAGCCUACCAGCGAGACCAUUUUCCUCCUCAGGAACGGCGGCAUUGUCAACGUGGCCCUCGACGCUCUCGCGGACAAGGGCACUGUCGUGCGGGACGCGGCGCAGUAUGGCCUCGAUGCUCUGUUUGCUCACCUGAGCCCCGAGGCUCUCGUCGUCGGCCUUCUCCCUGCCCUCUCCGCGUACCUCAGCAAGUCUACCGGCAAGUGGCAGGGCACCGUCGGCGCCUACAAGCUCCUCCAGAAGAUGGCCGAUAAGGCCAAGCUGAUCGUUGGCUCCACCAAAGAGCAGGCUGCCGAAGGCGAUGUCCUGCGCGACUCCCUCGGCACCAAGCUCGCUGGCCUCAUCCCCAUUGUCGAGGCCGGCAUGCACGACCUCAAGGCUGAGGUCGGCAAGCAGGCUGUUCAGGCGAUGAACUCGCUCACCAACCUCUUGUCUAACGACGACGUUGCCCCCCGAAUCCCUCUCCUCAUCGACACCAUGGAGCACCCCUCCAUCGACACCCUCCGCAAGGCGAUCCACGCCCUCUCGCAGACUACCUUUGUUGCCAUCGUCACCUCCCCCGUUUUGGCCCUCCUGACGCCCCUUCUCGAGCGAUCCCUCAACACUCCCUCGACCUCGCAGGAGGUUCUCCGACAGACCGUUGUUGUCGUGGAGAACUUGACCAAGCUCGUCCACGACCCUAUCGAGGCCCGCACCUUCCUGCCCAAGCUUCAGCCGGGUGUCAAGGGCGUCUACGACCGUGCCUCGCUCCCUGAGGUUCGUGAGCUCGCCAAGAGGGCUCUCGACGUCAUCGAGAAGGCCAUGAAGGGCGACAAGGAUGUUGUCGAGCGCAUCUCCGCCGCCGAUGUCGACAAGGUCAUCGAUGCCGAGGUCAAGAAGAAUGGUGGACUGGCUGGCGAGGCUGCCUUCGUCAAGGAAGUCCGCAACUAUGUUGCUGAGCAAAUCGCCGAGGAUGUCAACCACCGCCACGUUGACCGUGUAUCCGCCCGCAUCUCGCCCUACUUCCAGACCUUCACCGAAGCCAGCGCCAUCAUUGCCGACGCUGUGCAGCAGUACUACGUCGAAGAGGACGCCCGCAAAUUUGGUGUCCCCGAAAGGGAGGAUGACGGCGAGACUGAGAUCGUCAACGCCGACUUCUCUCUUGCCUAUGGUGGCAUGCUUCUGCUCUCCCACACCAACCUUCGUCUUCUCAAGGGCCACCGCUACGGUCUCUGCGGUCGCAACGGUGCCGGCAAGUCCACUCUCAUGCGUAGCAUUGCCAACGGCAAGCUUGAGGGCUUCCCUCCCCAGGAUGUUCUUCGUACAUGCUACGUCGAGCACAACCAGGGCGAGGAUGCCGAGAUCAGCAUUCUCGAGUUCGUGUCCAAGGACCCUGAGAUCGCUACCCAGGGUCGCGAGAAGAUUAUUGAGGUUCUUGAUGAGUUCGGCUUCACCUCUGGUCCCGAGGGCAGGCAGUCGCACAAGGUUGGCUCCCUGUCAGGUGGAUGGAAGAUGAAGCUUGCUCUGGCUCGCGCUAUGCUUGCCCGCGCCGACGUCCUCCUGCUCGACGAACCUACUAACCACUUGGAUGUUGCAAACAUUGCCUGGCUCGAGAAUUACCUCAAGUCUCACACCGACAUUACUAGUUUGAUCGUGUCCCACGACUCUGGAUUCCUCGACAACGUCACGACCGACAUCUACCACUACGAGCCUGGCAAGAAGCUUGGCCACUACAAGGGUAACCUCGCUGCCUUUGUCGAGGUCAAGCCCGAGGCGAAGAGCUACUACACGCUCUCGGCCUCUCAGGUCCAGUUCAAGUUCCCUCCCCCGGGAAUUCUUAGCGGCGUCAAGUCCCAGACGCGUGCCAUUAUCCGCAUGUCCAACGUCUCGUACGCCUACCCUGGAUCUGACAAGCCGUCGCUGUCGGAAGUAUCGUGCCAGCUCUCGCUCUCUUCCCGCGUCGCCAUCAUUGGUCCCAAUGGUGCCGGAAAGUCCACUCUGAUCAAGCUGCUUACGGGCGAGACAAUUCCUACUACCGGAAAGGUAGAGAAGCACCCCAACCUGCGUAUCGGUUACAUCAAACAGCACGCUCUCGAGCACGUUGAGAUGCAUCUCGAGAAGACUCCCAACCAGUACUUGCAGUGGCGUUACGCCAACGGUGACGAUCGUGAAGUCUUCCUCAAGCAGACUCGCAUUCUCUCCGACAAGGACCGUGAGCAGAUGGACAAGAUGAUUGAUCUCGGCGACGGAAAGGGCGGUCGCCAGCUUGAGGCGCUCGUUGGUCGUCAGAAGUGGAAGAAGACAUUCCAAUACGAAGUCAAAUGGCGCAACUGGCUGCCCAAGAACAACAGCCAGGUCUCCCGUGAGACUCUUUCGGAGUGGGGUUUCGACAAGGUCGUCCAAGAGUUUGACGACCACGAGGCUUCGCGCGAGGGUCUCGGCUACCGUGAGCUCCAGCCCUCCGUCAUCUCCAAGCACUUCCUCGACUUGGGUCUCGACCCGGAGAUUGCCAACCACAACGAAAUUGGCUCUCUUUCUGGUGGCCAGAAGGUCAAGGUCGUCAUCGCCGGAGCCAUGUGGAACAACCCCCAUCUUCUCGUGCUCGACGAGCCUACUAACUUCUUGGACCGCGACUCCCUCGGUGGUCUUGCUGUUGCCAUCCGCGACUUCAAGGGUGGUGUCAUUCUCAUUUCCCACAACGAAGAGUUCGUCGGAGCGCUCUGCUCCGAGCAGUGGCUCGUCAACGACGGUCGCGUCGCGCACCGCGGCACUGCUGCCGUCUCCCUCGACCGCUUCGAGGACUCGUCCCGCCCUGGCUCCGGCCUUACCUCGGGCGUCGCCUCGACGGCGGCCAGCUCGGCCAUGUCCUCGGCUGUCAACUCGGGCACCGAAGACAACGGCGACCUCAAGUUCAAGGCCAAGAAGAAGCGCAAGAAGACCAAGAAGGAGAUCAAGGAGCAGGAGGUCCGUCGUCGCCUCCGCCACAUUGAGUGGCUCAACAGCCCCAAGGGCACCCCUCACCCCGUCGACACCGACGACGAGUCAUAG